AUGCGUGGAAGAAAACAUGCAAUUUUUGCACUUUCAUUCAACACAAUGGCGUCUGCUUGCUACGUAGAAAGCAAAAUGUUGGCAGUUUUCUUCAUUUUAUAUAUGUGCUCAAGCUGUUAUUGCAUUUCUUAUCCAUUUGAGUGUAUUGCAGAAAUGAGAUCAGAGUAUGAUUUGCCAGAUUUGCCUUUUGAUUACGAAGAUUUAGAACCUUACAUCGACAGUGCAACUUUGAAAGUGCACCAUCGCGGCCACCACGCAGGCUACACACGCAAACUCAAUGCAGCAUUACAACUGUGGAGAACUGAGGAGCCAGACAGCUAUGUAGCAACAUCCAUUCUCAACCUGUUGAAGCAUCUGGAUGACAUUCCUCCCAAAUAUCAACGCAACAUUAGAAACAAUGGUGGUGGGUUCGUGAAUCACAACAUUUACUGGUCAACGAUGGCCGCCAACAGGGACAAUGACAUCCCCAUGCCCUCUGGAGAUCUGCUAAGUGAGAUAAAUGCAACAUUUGGAAGCUUCCAAGAAUUCAAGAAUCAGUUCACCAGUCAAGCUCUUACACUGUUUGGAUCCGGUUAUGUCUGGCUUAGCCAGCGCAACCCCUCAUCAUUUUAUGGAGACAAUGCGGAAGAACUUGCUCGUCUUAUCAUCUCAACGACAGCCAAUCAGGACACCCCAAUCUUAGAUGGCCAUCAACCAAUCCUAGUGCUUGAUGUUUGGGAACAUGCGUACUACCUGAAGCAUCAGAACAAACGGGAUAGUCACAUCGCAGACUGGUGGAAGGUCGUCGACUGGUCAGCAGUUGCCAAUUUGAAGGAUUGGUGGUCUAGGGAUCAGUAUGAAGUUCAUGAUGAAUUGUAGUCGAGGACGAGUGAUGAGAGGUGAAUGUGUAUUACUUCAAAGUAUUCUUGGUCAGAUGUUAGGUGGAAAGAAUAAAGGCUCUACUUUUCACUAGUGUGUGAUUUUUCUUCUUCCAAGUUUCAAGAUUGAGUCAGACUAUAAAGUGGAUCAAAGUUUGUUUCCACGCUUAGCCCAUCUUUCCAUUUUGUGAAUUAAGCUCAUCAAAAAUUCUAAUUUUAGCUAUUUCAAGUCAUAGUACUUAAAAUGUAGAACUGUCACAAAACUGUGUUGUAUAGUUUCUAACUAAAGUGACAAGGGUGAUAUCACUCGUAUGCUCAUUUUAGGCACCAGAAAUGCCAAAGUGCCCUUUACGGUCCAUUCCAUCAGUAGGUCUUGCUCUUGUGUUGAAGAAGCAAUCAACUUCCUCAUUGUAUCUUUUUUCAAUUUAAAUUUUAAAAAUUCAACUAAAAUUUUCACAGUCAUUGCUCCUUCCCAACGAACAUAACAUCCUUCUUUACAUUAAAGCGACCUUCCAUUGACAAAGCAUGGGGAAAUCGAGGCUAAUCUCAAAACAGAGAAGGGAUUCAAGUCUUUCACUCGGCUGCAUGCCUGGAGGUAUUAUGUAAUAGACGCCGGCAUGUCUGGGAGGUCUAUAGGAGAGCAAUGGUUAGUAGACUAACCAUCCAGAAGUAAACUCCAUGUUUUCACUUUGAACAUGUAACUUAACAGAGAUUAUUUAUUUUGGUUUAGCAAUCAAGAGACCUGCUAUGAGUCUAGGAAUUGGGAUUGAUGGAAACUGGAACUGCGAUGAGCCGAAGUAAAUAACUAUCACGAGUUUGGUCAAAUUCGUGCUGUCCGAACUUUUAUCGCAUUAGUCCGACGGGCGCUCAUGACUGACGGAUUAUAUUAUGCAAGUCAAUCGGCCUUUUGCAAAUAUCGUAUUGAUUCAAUUUCCCCAUGAUUUGUCAGUGGCUGGGCCCUUAAAGCUCACCACGGGAUGAUAUUGGGCAUAUAUCCCCUGAAAAUUUUGAGUCUUCUGACAAUUGUCAGAGCAUGUCAAAGAGAUUUGUCGCAGGACAAAUUAUUAUGAACCCCCUAGUAUUCUUUUAAAAUUGGGGAAUAAAAAAAUUAAAAAACUUCAAAAUUGUAACAACAAGUGCCUAGGAUAUGAAAUCUUUUUGUAUGAGUUUUGGGAUGUCAUCAUUAAUGAGUUACCCCAGCAUUCUGCAUCGCAGUGCAAACAACCCCUAAUACAGAAGUACAGAAAUCGAGAACUUGCUUUAUGUGCCAUUGGUGGUGAAUCAUGGUCAAUGUGAAUAAUGUUGGAUAGGAAGGUUAAAUUUUCUACUGUGAAAGAUAUCUAGUCUCUAGUCUCUAAUGUCAGCAGUCAUUGAAAUACAUGUGAUUAGUGUUGGAGAAUGAGGUUUAAUUUUCUAGUGUGAAAGAGGUCUUGUCUCUAUUCUCUAAUGUCAGACAGUAGUCAUUGAAAUACAUGUGUUUACCAUUGAUGGUGAAUCAUGGUCAAUGCGAAUACUGUUGGAUAGGGAGGUUAAUUUUCUAGUAUAAAAGAUAUCUUGUCUCUAGUCUCUAAUGUCAGUAGUCAUUGAAAUACAUGUGAUUAGUGUUGGAGAAUGAGGUUUAAUUUUCUAGUGUGAAAGAGGUCUUGUCUCUAUUCUCUAAUGUCAGACAGUAGUCAUUGAAAUACAUGUGAUUACCAUUGAUGGUGAAUCAUGGUCAAUGCGAAUACUGUUGGAUAGGGAGGUUAAUUUUCUAGUGUAAAAGAUAUCUUGUCCCUAGUCUCUAAUGUCAGUAGUCAUUGAAAUACAUGUGAUUAGUGUUGGAGAAUGAGGUUUAAUUUUCUAGUGUGAAAGAGGUCUUGUCUCUAUUCUCUAAUGUCAGACAGUAGUCAUUGAAAUACAUGUGAUUACCAUUGAUGGUGAAUCAUGGUCAAUGCGAAUACUGUUGGAUAGGGAGGUUAAUUUUCUAGUGUAAAAGAUAUCUUGUCUCUAGUCUCUGAUGUCAGUAGUCAUUGAAAUACAUAUGAUUAGUGUCGGAGAAUGAGGUUUAAUUUUCUAGUGUGAAAGAGGUCUUGUUUGUUGAGUCCUUAAUGCCAGAGCUAAUUGACAUGCAUGCCUUAUUUUAUUCAGCCCAGUAUAGGCUUUGUGUUUGGAAUUUUCAGGUGUAAAUAUGCAAAUUAAUUUGAUCAUGUUCCUUCUACUGAAAUAGUAAAGUGCACUUGUACAGACACAUGCAGCCAGCUAGAGAAAUAGGACAUGCCAGGCAUGGGCAUGGGUUUCAGCGUAUUAAUUUCUUCAUCAUUUCUCUAGUUUUGUAUCAUCAAAUGUUCUCAAGUUUGAGAGCAGAAGAGUAUGUCUGUGACACAGUGUUUCAUCUAUUGUAAAGCAUCUUUAGUUGUAAUUCAGCACCACCAGUGAGUUAACUUUGGAGCUUUUGUAGGUGUUUUCUUGAAUAAAAAGAGAGAAAUGACAUGUGUGUGUGAGUGAAACAAUAAUUUCAGAUAAAAGAUGCAUUCUUAUUAUAGUAAAUGUAUGAUUCUUAAUGAGCAAAUUAUAUGAUUGGAUAAAACCGUUGUGUUGUUUGAAACCUUUGAGAAAUCUCAUUGUUUUGUCAGCCUUUAAAGAGACUUGAUAUUUAUGGGGAUUUAUUGAAAUGUGUAUGGAAUAUGAAAGGGAUGUGUCAUAGAUUCUGAAUUAUUCUUUUAUGAUACUUAAUUGCUUUUUAUUUGGAAAGCUAUUCAUAGAACUGUAUAGGAGAGAAUGUUUUUUUCUGUCUGUUAUUUAAUUAUAGAUUAUAGAUAUGGAUGGGGCAGUAUGCACCCCCAACCCCAAAAUAACUUCAGCAUAGAAACUUAUGGAGUGCUGUUCAGCAAGGUCGACGACAGCGAGGCUUGGUCGUCCACUCGUUGUUUUCGUUGAAGGAGCAUGGAGUAUUAGACAGUAUAUGACGGUGGUGAAUGAAAUUCAGACAUUGAACAUGAUUGGAUCCUUGAACAAUUGUAUGCAGAUGAUCUUUGUUGAUUACGGUAGAGGGGGUAUAUCAUUGAGCGAAGAGAUGAUUCAUGAAUAGAGAGUAGCUUCUAGUGUUGGAAUUGAAAAUCAAAACAUUAGAGAUUAAAAUGAGUUUGUAUGUGGUUAGAUAUGUUUGGAGAGAUCGUAAUCAGGUCAGUCCAGGAUCUGUAAAUAAUUGUGAACAGGAUAGCCAGAGUUUCAGGUACGGUUGUGUAACGUGGAAAUUAAUUUUUGAAAAAGUUAUGUGAUUUGGAGAUCCAUUUAACAUAUCAUCUUUGCAGAAUUAAAAAAGUUGAUUACAUGGCAUGGCUGAUAAAAAUACUAUUUUCAUUUAUUAUGUAUCCAUGUGAUAGUUAAUAAUAUUACAAUCUGUACUAUUUUGGUUGACUAAAUAUUGCAAUGGAUCAGGUGUUAUUGUUUAGAUAAUGUAAUGUUGAGCAUUUCAUGCAAUUAUGUAAAUCAAUCAAAACUAAGUUACCCCUUAUAAUUAAGCUCUAUAGAAUUUAUUAAUGUACUGGCAUACUAGCACAUCUACUCUUUACAUCACACACAUAAUCUUUGUGUCUGUUUGUGGACUCCCUCACCCCUUCCCACCCCACCAGUAAAGUAUGUAUAAAAUUGGUAACAUACAUAACAUUGGUAAUGUCAAUAACAUACUUUAUAUGUGUAAAAGUUAAUCCUGGGAUACAUCAUGUUUAAAAAAUUAUCAUCACAUUCAUGAUUGCUAAGAUGAUAAAAUUCUUCUUCAGCCCACAUCAAAGGGUUUUUCUAAUGAUUGGUUCCUAUUUGGACACAAUAUUUAAUUAGUAUACUAUGGACCCUUUUCCAAAUGGAUUUUAUCAAAGUAUUCUAUAUCUUAAUGGAUACGAUUUUGUCUGCUUAUUUUGUCCAUUGUCAGUUGUUUUUAAAAAGUUGGUUAAAAUUUCAUAAUAAAAAACAAUAUAUAUUAUGAA